AUGAGCGAACUGCGCCACGAGUGCGGCGUCGCGGCGGUGUACCACCUGCCCGGCCCGCAAAGCCCCCUCUGCCCCUCCCAGGGGCCGUCGCAGGCGUCGCGGCUGAUCCCGCGGAUGCUGCUGGACAUCCAGAACCGCGGGCAGCUGUCCGCGGGGAUGGCGUCGUUCAACCCGGACCGCAAGCACCUGAUCGAGCGGUACCGCGAGCUCGGCAGCGUGAGCGAGGUAUUCCGGCUGAGCCACAAGGAGAAGACCGACUCGCUGAUGGCCCGCUUCGCCGGCCCGGCGGCGAUCGGCCACGUGCGGUACGCCACCUGCGGCAAGGACGACGUCAGCUACGCCCAGCCGUUCGAGCGGCGUCACCUGCAGAAACGCAAGUGGUUCAGCUUCGCCUUCAACGGGCAGCUGGCCAACUACGCGGAGCUGCGUGACCAGCUGCUCGCCGAGGACGACCACCACAUCACCCGCGCCACCGACACCGAGAUCAUCAUGCACGAGCUCGCCAAGGAAUUGGCGGGCGAGCACCGGCAGCCGCUGCUGGAGGUGAUGCGUGGCGCCGCCAAGCGUUUCGACGGCGCCUACACGCUGGCCAUGAUCAACGCCCUGGGCGAGAUGCUGGUCGCCCGCGACCCCCUGGGCGUCAAGCCGAUGAGCUACGCGGUGCAGGACUCGCUGUUCGCCGCGGCCAGCGAGAGCGUGGCCCUGCUGAACCUGGGCUUUGCGCAAGAGAACAUCCACUGCCUGGAGCCCGGGCACGCGAUCGUGAUCUCCGACGGCAAGCUCGAGAUCCAGCCCUUCGUGGACAACCCGAGCCGCGCGCACUGCUUCUUCGAGUGGAUCUACUUCGCCAACGUGGCGAGCACGAUGGACGGCCGCAGCGUGUACCUGUCUCGCAAGGCUUUGGGCGAGGAGCUGGCGCAGCUCGAGGACCUACCCAUCGACAAUGACACGGUCGUCGUGCCGGUGCCGGACACCAGCAAGGCGGCGGCCGACGCCAUGGCGUUCAAGCUCGGCGUGCCGAGCGUCGAGGGGCUGAUGCGGAACCGGUACUCCGGCCGCACGUUCAUCGAGGGCGGCGACGCCCGCUACGCCAAGGCCGCCAGCAAGUACACGCCACUGCGCGAGGUGCUAGAGGGCAAGCGGGUGCUGCUGGUCGAGGACUCGAUUGUCCGGUCGACCACCAUGCGGGUGCUGAUCGACCGGCUGCGGACCGUGGGCCGCGUGCGGGAGAUCCACGUGCGGGUCGCCUGCCCGCCGAUCGUGGCGCCCUGCUUUUACGGCAUCGACAUGUCGACCAUCGGCGAGCUGUUCGCGCCGCACUUCUUGAACAAGUCCGCCACGGAUGAGGAAGCGUUCCGCGCGAUGGCAGAGGAGCUGGGCGCCGACUCGCUGCGGUACCUGCCGCUGGAGUCCAUCGCCCGCGCGGUCGGCCGCCCCGCCGGCGAGCUUUGCCAGGCCUGCAUCAGCGGCCAGUACCCGACCAGCUGCGGCCAGCAGCUGUACGAGAUCGCGGUUGAGAAUGCGGGCGGGUUCGGCGAUCCCACAGCGGAGCAGUCGUCGUCGCGGACGUACGAGGCGGUCAAACCAGACGCGUGA